CAAGACUUGCUAUAUUUGUGAUGAACAAGGAAGAGAAAGCAAAGCAGCUGCUGGUGCUUGCAUGACAUGUAAUAAACAUGGAUGUCGACAGGCUUUCCAUGUAACUUGCGCUCAGUUUGCCAGACUGCUUUGUGAAGAAGAAGAAAAAGAGCAAACGGGGAUCUAAUAGGUCAUAUGAUCAAAGUUUAAGUGAUUCUUCCUCUCACUCUCAGGAUAAACAUCAUGAGAAAGAGAAAAAAAAAUAUAAAGAGAAGGACAAACACAAACAAAAACACAAAAAGCAGCCAGAACCAUCACCUGCAUUGGUUCCAUCCCUGACUGUUACUACAGAAAAAACUUAUACAAGCACUAGCAACAACUCUAUAUCUGGAUCAUUGAAACGCUUGGAAGAUACUACUGCACGAUUUACAAAUGCAAAUUUCCAGGAAGUCUCUGCGCACACCUCUAGUGGAAAAGAUGUUUCAGAGACUAGAGGGUCAGAGGGCAAAGGGAAGAAAUCUUCAGCUCACAGCUCAGGUCAAAGGGGAAGAAAGCCUGGUGGUGGAAGAAAUCCAGGAACAACUGUGUCAGCAGCUAGCCCUUUUCCUCAAGGCAGUUUUUCAGGAACUCCAGGCAGUGUAAAAUCAUCUUCUGGAAGUUCAGUACAGUCUCCCCAGGAUUUCCUGAGCUUUACAGACUCAGAUCUGCGUAAUGACAGUUACUCUCACUCCCAACAGUCAUCAGCAACCAAAGAUGUACAUAAAGGAGAGUCUGGAAGCCAGGAAGGGGGGGUAAAUAGUUUUAGUACCUUAAUUGGCCUCCCUUCAACCUCAGCUGUUAUUUCACAGCCUAAAAGCUUUGAAAAUUCACCUGGAGAUUUGGGUAAUUCCAGCCUUCCUACAGCAGGAUAUAAGCGGGCUCAAACUUCUGGCAUAGAAGAAGAAACUGUAAAGGAAAAGAAAAGGAAAGGAAAUAAGCAAAGUAAGCAUGGACCUGGUAGACCCAAAGGAAACAAAAAUCAAGAGAAUGUUUCUCAUCUCUCAGUUUCUUCUGCUUCACCAACAUCAUCUGUAGCAUCAGCUGCAGGAAGCAUAACAAGCUCUAGUCUGCAGAAAUCUCCUACAUUGCUCAGGAAUGGAAGUUUACAGAGCCUCAGUGUUGGCUCAUCUCCAGUUGGUUCAGAAAUUUCCAUGCAGUAUCGGCAUGAUGGAGCUUGCCCAACAACUACGUUCUCAGAGUUGCUGAAUGCAAUACACAAUGACAGAGAUGACAGUUCUACACUAACAAAGCAAGAACUUAAAUUCAUAGGUAUUUAUAACAGCAAUGAUGUAGCAGUACCAUUUCCAAAUGUAGUAUCUGGCUCGGGAUCUAGUACUCCUGUCUCCAGCUCUCACUUACCUCAGCAGUCUUCUGGGCAUUUGCAACAAGUAGGAGCGCUCUCUCCCUCAGCGGUGUCAUCUGCAGCCCCUGCUGUUGCUACAACUCAGGCAAAUACUCUAUCUGGAUCUUCUCUUAGUCAGGCACCGUCUCUUAUGUAUGGCAAUAGAUUAAAUCCAAAUUCAUCAAUGGCAGCUCUUAUAGCUCAGUCUGAAAACAAUCAACCAGAUCAAGAUCUUGGAGACAAUAGCCGCAACCUAGUUGGCAGAGGAAGCUCACCCCGAGGAAGUCUCUCCCCACGAUCCCCUGUAAGCAGCUUACAGAUUCGCUAUGAUCAACCAGGCAACAGCAGUUUGGAAAAUCUGCCUCCAGUAGCAGCCAGCAUAGAACAGCUUUUGGAAAGGCAGUGGAGUGAAGGACAGCAAUUUUUAUUAGAACAGGGUACUCCUAGUGACAUUUUAGGAAUGCUAAAGUCAUUACACCAACUUCAAGUUGAAAACCGAAGAUUAGAGGAACAAAUUAAAAACUUGACUGCCAAAAAGGAACGACUUCAGUUAUUGAAUGCACAGCUUUCAGUGCCUUUUCCAACAAUAACAGCAAAUCCUAGUCCGUCUCAUCAAAUACACACAUUUUCAACACAGACUGCUCCUACUACUGAUUCCUUGAACAGCAGUAAGAGCCCUCAUAUAGGAAACAGCUUUUUACCUGAUAAUUCUCUUCCUGUAUUAAAUCAGGACUUAACCUCCAGUGGACAAAGCACCAGCAGCUCAUCAGCUCUUUCUACCCCACCUCCUGCUGGGCAGAGUCCGGCUCAACAAGGCUCAGGAGUGAGUGGAGUUCAGCAGGUCAAUGGUGUGACAGUGGGGGCACUAGCUAGUGGAAUGCAGCCUGUAACUUCCACCAUUCCUGCCGUGUCUGCAGUGGGUGGAAUAAUUGGAGCUUUGCCAGGUAACCAACUGGCAAUUAAUGGCAUUGUAGGAGCUUUAAAUGGGGUUAUGCAGACUCCUGUCACAAUGUCCCAGAACCCUACCCCUCUCACUCACACAACUGUACCACCUAAUGCAACACAUCCAAUGCCAGCUACACUGACUAACAGUGCCUCAGGACUAGGAUUACUUUCUGACCAGCAAAGACAAUUACUUAUUCAUCAACAGCAGUUUCAGCAGUUGUUAAAUUCUCAACAGCUCACACCAGAACAACAUCAAGCUUUUUUGUAUCAGUUAAUGCAACAUCACCACCAGCAGCACCACCAGCCUGAACUUCAGCAGCUGCAGAUCUCUGGACCAACACAAAUACCCAUCAACAACCUUCUUGCAGGUACACAGGCACCCCCACUUCACACAGCUACCGCCAACCCAUUUCUCACAAUCCAUGGAGAUAAUGCAAGUCAGAAAGUAGCAAGACUUAGUGAUAAAACCGGGCCUGUAACUCAAGAGAAAAGUUGACACCUGAGAAACAUCUAGAAAUUGCCUGUCCUGCUGUUCUAGCACUUCAUCUGGCUGCCUUUGCAGUCCUUUUACUACAGCUAUGAAGAAACGCAACAAGAAACUUAAUGCACAACAAAGGAUUAAUUGCCGCAAGGACAUUCUUGUAAGGCUUUGAUUAGUUUUCUUGUUGCUUUGUUGCACUGAAAUGGAAUUCCCAUGCCCCUACCCCUUACCCCAAUUUUUUGAACAUGGAAAGAAAAUUUAAUACGUUUUUAAAGUGACAUAAUUUACACGCAAUAUGUUUAUCAACUCGAGAAUAUAGUUGGUACACAACUAGGUUUAUAAAUUGGAGAUACGAAUAGCAAAACUAAAAUACUUGUUCCAUUUACAAACUACUUGAUUUUAUUGUACAAGUUGAAAUAUGCUCUUUUGUUUGGGUUAUAGUAUGUUUGCUCUAAGUCAAAUUCCAAGGAACUAAUUUCUCCUGGAGUUCCAUUGAUUCAAUAUUACAAAUAUAUAGCGCAUCACCUGGGACUUGGCAAUCUUUGUUAAAAAAUAUUUCCUUUCUAAUGGGAUUUAGCCAGUUUUGGUAAUCAAGUUAGGAUGGUAAUGUCUGCAUCUGCUAAAGGUAAUUUUCUUUUGAGAAUUGCUUUCUUUAGUGUUAAGAGCUACUCAUAUUUUAAAGAAACCUUGAGUUAACUGAGUUCUGAGGCUGCUGGGGGAACCAGAUCAAUUCAAAGCGAAAUACUUCUUUCAGAAAGGGGCCACUCUGGAAAGUGCUGGUGGGGUUUGCCCUUGAUCAAGUGCCUCCAUUGUGCUGCAAGGGCUCUAGACAGCAGGGUGGGACAGUCAGUCCUCCGAGCAGCAGGAUCAUCCCUUCACACCUGCAGCCUUCCCAUGCUUCCGCCUUUAUUCAGAACUUUCUGUGCCACUGUAGAUAGCUCAGGCAAAACUAUUACCUGGGUAUUUAUCCACUAAUGAGUCACAAGAAAAGGAGUGGAUUUGGUAAGAAUAGAGAGUUGUUUUAUUUUAACCACUUCCCAUUACUGACCAUUAAAACAAAAGCUCACCACUAGAGUUCCUGAAAACAGGUGAAACCUGUAUGACAGCCCUUCCACUUUGGGGAGCCACGCUUUUGAUGUGACGGUAUCGCGGAGUGAUCCACCACGGGGGAUGUAAUCACCAAACUGUUCUUCGGUGUGUGAAUUAUUAGUGGAAAAGACCCAGCUGUAAUUAGACCUCCACUGUGUACUUAGCUGGAAGAACAUGUUAAUUCUGCAAUAUGUCUCUUGGUUAAACAUUGCACAGUUCUUACCUCAUUUCUGUAAAUAAAGUUUUGUGAAUCUGUUUUGUAUUGUGAAAAAUUCAUAAGAUAACAUUGAUAUUUUGAUUUGUAAUAUUUCUAAUCGGUAGAUUUAAUUGAAAAGUAAAAUUAAUUUAUUUUUAUAUGUUCAGGGGAAUUUUAAAGUCAAGUAUUUUGUAGAUAAUUUAAAAAAUCAGUGUGGUUUAUUUUACUUAUUUAACCCACUGGUUGUUAUUCUGUAACAGUUUGUAUAAAUGGUAAAUUUUGAAUGUGUUGUUAUUUUACUUAGAUGUAAAAUUCCACAUGUAUUAAAGUGUACAAAGUUUUGUUAAUAAAAUUUAAUAAUGUUUAUAA